AUGAGGACCAGAGAUACCGUUUGGUCGAUCGACCUAGGGCCCGAUGACUGCCUCUAUAGAAUUCUUCGCGAAAACGGACGCGAGCAGAGAGUGGUCUACGUCCUGCUCCGGCACCUCGACCUCAUCCCUGAAGAGUCACGGACUUGGGGCCCCGGAGUCAUACGAGAGCUGUCUAAACUCGCCGAUUGGGACGGCGGAUGGAAGACUUUGACAAUUUCGAAAGACGAUUCCGGUAUACGUACACGAGCAAACGUUUUCGAACCACAUCGCCUGCCUCGAGAACAGCCGCCAGGUCUAACCAGCAGCUUGUUCAACAUUUGCGACCUCGAGCCUGUCCAGAGUAUGAAGAGUCGGGUCACCCGCGUCCAGGUAAAUGGAGAACAGUGCUUCAUGAAGAUAUCUCGAUUUGAGUUUGAAGUCGCCGCUAUAGCGCAUGAGGUCAAGGUGUACGAGACCCUAAUGUGCCAGGGCUCAACCCUCGUACCUCGUCUGCUCGGAUAUGUCUAUGAAGAGACGCCGGAUCGAGUGAUUGGCUUCGUUUUGGAGGCCAUAUCCGGCCAUUACCCAAGCAUCAAGGAUCUAGACAUGUGCCGAGGGGCACUGCAGCGGCUGCACAGCCUAAAUAUCGUCCAUGGAGACGUCAACCGGUACAACAUGCUGUUGACCAAGGACGGGCCCAAGUUUAUCGACCUGGAAGUAGCCGAGAUUGACUCUCAAGAUGGAGCAAGAAUGGACAAGGAAAUGCAAGGCUUGGAGGAGCAGCUCAUGACGGAGUCGCGCAUAGGCUGUCCUUGGUAG